UGUUUAUUGACAGGUUCCCAAGAGUCAGAUAGCUCUCAGUCUGCCAAGAAAGACAUGCUGGCUGCAUUGAAAUCCAGGCAGGAAGCUCUGGAAGAGACACUGCGCCAGCGACUGGAGGAGCUAAAGAAACUGUGUCUCCGAGAAGCGGAGCUCACAGGAAAGCUGCCCAGGGAAUACCCCCUAGAUCCAGGGGAGGAGCCACCUAUUGUAAGGAGAAGAAUAGGGACUGCCUUUAAACUGGAUGAACAGAAAAUACUGCCUAAAGGAGAGGAAGCGGAGCUGGAGCGCCUGGAGAGGGAAUUUGCAAUUCAGUCCCAGAUCACUGAGGCUGCUCGGCGCCUGGCCAGUGACCCCAAUGUCAGCAAAAAGCUGAAGAAACAAAGGAAAACUUCCUACCUUAAUGCCCUAAAGAAACUGCAGGAGAUCGAAAACGCCAUCAAUGAGUACCGCAUCAAAUCUGGAAAGAAGCCAACGCAGAGAGCCUCCCUGAUCAUAGAUGAAGGAAACAUCGCCAGUGAAGAUAGCUCCCUCUCAGAUGCCCUUGUUCUUGAGGACGAGGAUUCUCAGGUUAUCAGCACAAUAUCCCCCUUACAGUCACCUCACAAAGGACUCCCUCCCCGGCCACCCCUACAUAACAGACCACCUCCUCCACAGUCAUUGGAAGGACUCAGACAAAUGCACUACCACCGGAAUGAUUAUGACAAGUCUCCUAUCAAGCCCAAGAUGUGGAGCGAGUCAUCCCUGGAUGAACCCUACGAGAAGGUCAAGAAAUGCUCCUCACACAGUCAUUCCAGCAGUCACAAACGGUUCCCCAGCACAGGAAGCUGUGCAGAGGCUGGAGGGAGCAGCUCUCUGCAAAAUAGCCCCAUCAGGAGCCUCCCGCAUUGGAAUUCCCAGUCCAGCAUGCCAUCUACACCAGAUCUACGGGUACGCAGUCCGCAUUAUGUCCAUUCCACUAGGUCAGUAGACAUCAGCCCAACCAGACUGCACAGCUUAGCUCAGCACUUUAGACACAGAAGCUCCAGCUUAGAGUCACAAGGCAAGCUCCUUGGGUCAGAGAACGAGACGGGGAGCCCCGAUUUCUACACCCCAAGGACUCGUAGCAGUAAUGGCUCUGACCCCAUGGACGACUGCUCUUCCUGCACCAGUCAUUCCAGCUCUGAGCACUACUACCCUGCUCAGAUGAACCCCAACUACUCCACCCUGGCCGAGGAUUCCCCCUCAAAAGCCAGAGAGCGGCAGAGGCAAAGGCACAAAUCUGCGGGAAACCUGGUCUCUUCUAAUUCAGGGAGCAUGCCCAACCUGGCGGCAAGGAACGGAACCGGGCACCCGGGGGUCUAUCUGCACAGCCAGAGCCAGCCUUCCUCUCAGUACAGGAUCAAAGAGUACCCCCUGUACAUCGAAGGCAGCUCCACGCCUGUGGUGGUGCGCAGCCUGGAGAAUGACCAGGAGGGACACUACAGCGUGAAAGCACAAUUUAAAACCUCCAACUCCUACACGGCAGGGGGGAUGUUUAAAGAGAACUGGCACGGGGACGAAGUGGACUCAGUCAGACUGACCCCCUCCCGUUCUCAGAUCAUAAGGACUCCAUCUCUGGGCAGAGAAGGCCAUGAGAAGGGCUCGGGCAGGACUGCAGUAUCAGAUGAACUCCGGCUGUGGUACCAGCGGUCCACAGCCUCCCACAAGGAGCACAGCCGCCUGUCGCACACAAGCUCCACCUCCUCGGACAGCAGCUCCCAAUACAGCACAUCUUCUCAAAGCACCUUCGUGGCACACAGCAGGGUAACGAGGAUGCCUCAAAUGUGUAAAGCAACAUCAGCUGCCUUACCUCACAGCCAGAGGAGUUCAACACCAUCUAGUGAACUAGCAGCUACACCACCAAGCAGUCCCCACCACAUCGUAGCAUGGCAGACUGGGAGCUACAAUGAUAGCUGUUUCCUGGAUUCUCCCCUCUAUCCAGAACUAGCAGAUGUCCAGUGGUAUGGACAGGAAAAAGCCAAGCCUGGGACUCUAGUGUGAACCCCUGACCUCAAUCCGAUCACAUCAAUGCCAUUCUGAGAUCACCUCACUGCCUCUCAUUUGCCUUACCCAGAUGCACUGUCGCCUGGCACCAGCUUCAACGCUAAGCACUUUUCUCGAAAUGCCAUUCAAGAUGCCAUUACAGAUACUAACCCCAGGCUGCAUCCGCAACCACCAACGGAUAGCAGUGUUUCAAACCAGGUUGCCAUGGACUGACAUACAACUCCUAUAGCCCAAAGGGCCGGGGGUGGGGACAUUAUGAAUAACUAUGUUAGCAGCCAGAUGGCAGCAGGGUUUUUUCUUUGAAAGUCUUUCAAGGUAUAAAUACAAUCUUAUAGGUCUACGGCAUGGGAAAAUAGUAAGAUUUCUACAACUUGCAGUCUGAAGCCAACAGAACAUUAGUUAAGGGGGCAAGAAACAGCAAUUGUGAAAUAUAUUCCUUACUCCUGAAUUAUUUAUUUGGAGUAAAGAAAAGCUCCUCUUGCUUCAGAAAUGUGUCAGAAUAUCGCAAUCAGUUCAGUGCUGCCAAGAUCACAGAAUGACUACGAGACGAGAGCAUGGGCAGUGUCUCUGUAAGUGUGCCCAUUUCCAGAGGUGACAGUCUACACUUUGGAAACUGUUUUUACUUCCUUCCUCACUUUAAGCCCUUCCAAAAAAUAAAACAACCACCACCAAAACCCAUUGGGAUGAAGACACACCAGAGCUCUGGGCUGGGAUCGUAAAAUCAGUCUUGAAAAGCUGCUGUUUAAAGUGGACAGACACAAAGGUUUACAAGGGUAUGAUCUAAAGCAGAGGCAAGUGCUGCUAUUCUUAGCAUCUGUGGCUGGCACAGGCUAACCACCAAUACAUGCAGUUUUUUGUUUGGGGUUUUUUGUAACGCUUAUGAUAAAUUAAGGUGAAAAUUGCCAAAAGCCGUUCUAUGAAUAGAAAUAACCAAUAAAGGAUAUCCUAUUUAUGCACAAAGUGUUUAACAUGAAAUCAAAGGAAAGCACAUUACGAGCUAAUCGAUGUGGUCAAGCCACAUUAGCAUAACGGUUCCGAUUAUUAUGCUUUUGGUAAGUGCCAGUGUAGCAAAGGGCUCAUCACCAAAGUAUUGGUAUCCAAGGGACCCCACGAUGUUAUAAAGCGGAAGGGUUCAGUAGGGUUCUCUACGAACCAGCAGACUAGGCAAAUUUUCAGAUUGCAAGAAAGGACCAUAAUGAAUAAAAGCUAAUUAAUUAGUAACCUUGAUGCACUUGACACAGACUCUCAUUGUCUAUGAAUACCAAAAGGAAGCCUAGGAGAGAGUCGUGACCAGGAGCUGCAAGUUUACAUGUACUUUGGAGCAAUGCUUUACACAUGUCAAGCCAUCAAACGGCAAAAGGCCUCAAAGACACUUCUGUACUGAACUAGUGCACAAGCUAGGUGGGGGUUGAAGCUGGCACGUCUCGUCUUCGCUACGGUGCUACGCUGUUUUUAUUGCCACUAGAUGGGGUGGGGUCCUCGCCCCAUUUGUGCAUGCGAAUGACGAUUUCCUAUGGGAAAGGCAAUUAAAGAAAUGGCUGGAGGGGGUUACUUUGUGAAAAGCAGAAACUGAGGUUAGCUUUAGUUUAAAGAAAUCAAGUAUGCUUGCGUGCGUGUGUUCGAAGAAUAAUGCUAGUCUACCAGACAAGGAGGGCAGGAAAUUUAAAACUAAACUUGAGGGCUGCCACACCUUUUUUCUUGUAAUAGUAUCACUGGGAACCUGUUUUUUACCAGAAGCUUUCAAGAGCACAGAUUGGAGGAGGCUUGGAAAGAGUGGGAGUAGGAGGGGUGUUUAAAAAUGAAUGUUAGCAGUUACUGUGAGUGCUUUUUCCUAUAUCGUUUAUACGUAUAUUGACUUGUUUUAACAUUCUGCACUUACCUGCUACCCUGCAGUCACCCUAUACUCCUGCGAGGCACUGUAGGAGCUGUGGCUGGGGGCAAGUGAGGCCCAGGGCGGUUAUCUGACUUGCCCAAGAGCAUGCAGGAAGAACUAGAACUCAGCUCUAACUUCUGUGCCAUUAGUUAUAAAAAUCACCUCUCCACAGAGCUGGCAAAUUUUUGCACUGGCAGGAAAUUUAAAUUUAAAACACUAAAGCCUCUGUUUGCCAAAAGCUGGGAAUGGGCGAGAAGGGAUGGAUCACUGGAU